AUGGUGCAGUUGAUAGUCUGUGUACUGGUUUUCCUCGCUAUGAUGGCAAGUCUAACAGCAUUGGUGGAAGCGCCAAUGUGGCCAAUGGCGGAAAUGGUCUACAGUGCAAUGUUCGCCGUAUUUCAAGCGAUCAACUUCUUCUACUUCCUUGUAAAUACGUUUUCACAUUUCAACUUCUGGCUGCUACUUGGAGUGGUGAGUUGUGGUUUUUCUCCGAAGAGCAAGCAUAGAAGUAGUUUGGUGUCAUUAUUUGAUGCUUAUGAGUUUCAAGGUAUCAUAAAGUUGAACUGAAU